CACAAACAACUCAAAAAAACACCAAUCAUGAAGGUCACUGCCAUCGCAAUGGCCACUAUGGCCGCAGUUGCCACUGCUGCACCCGUCGCUGAGCCCGCCGCUGCUCCUGAAGCUGCUUUCUCCUCAUGGGGAAAGAAGUACCACCCUAAGCUUUGGAAUGGCUGGGGCGACGACUCAGGCAUGGUCUACCGUCGAGAGGCUGAGGCCGACCCUGCUUUCUCCUUAUGGGGCAAGAAGUACAACCCCAAGCUCUGGAACGGAUGGGGUGACGACUCAGGCAUGGUCUACCGCCGUGGACCUGAAGCCACCACCACCGAGACUGCAACGACCGAGCCUACCGCCGAAGCCGAGACUGAGGCCAAGCUCUAA